UAAAAUAUUUUCUGUGGACAAGAUUGUGAAUGUGUCAGAAAAACUUAACCUCAAUCUUUUGAUUAAUGAAAAAGUCUUAAAAUUAACAUUUUCCUUUUGAGAAGUGCUUAAUAAGUUUAUUUAUCGUUUUAUUAGUAUCUGUUUUAAAAAAAUGGAACCAGCAAAACAAAUUUUAGUAUCCAGUGUAAUAGGAUUUUUACAUGACGAGCUGAACAGCCCUAACUUGAGUGAAGAAAGAAAAGAAUCUAUCGAAGUUGCAAUUCAAUGUUUAGAAACGGCCUUUGAAGUAGAAAACUUAACACACAAAGAAAAAGUAGAUCUGUUGUCGCUCAUAAAUUACAAGCCAAAAGUUGAAGUAACUGAAGAAACCAAGAUACAAGCAGAAGUACAUAAAAACAAAGGAAACGACUUCAUGAAAAACUCAGAUUACGAUCAAGCUGCCGUAGAAUACACCAAAGCAAUUGAAUUGAAUCCAAAUAAUGCUGUAUAUUACUGCAACCGAGCAGCAGCAUAUACAAGGCUACUCAAAGAUAAUGACGCAAUAGUCGAUUGCAACCAGGCUAUUAAACUUGACCCCACCUAUGGCAAAGCCUAUGGAAGGCUAGGAAUAGCUUAUUCAAAUUUAAACAAAUAUGAUUUGGCUUUAAAGGCCUAUCAAACCGCUCUCAAAUAUGAUCCCAACAAUGGCAUGUAUGAAACGAAUUUAAAGGUAGCAGAAGAAAGAUUGCGGGCAAAUGCAGAAAGUGGAGGCGCGCCAUCAGGAAAUAGACAAAUGCCAGACAUUUCACAAUUCUUAAACAACCCAAAUGUUAUAAAUGUAGCCAAUCAAAUAUUGCAUGAUCCUAACUUCUUUAACUUAAUGUCAGGAAUGGUAAAUAUGAGUGGCGCUGGCGGUGAUGCCAAUACAAGUGGUGAACAGCCCAGUGCUGUCCAAGCCAUUCUACAAGCUGGGGAAGCUUUGCACAGAGUGAUAUCAGAGGAUCCUAAUUUUUACAACAAUAUUGCAAGCAAUAUUAAUGUAAGGCGCGCGCAAGGUACUCAAGAAAACACCAACACAACCGAUUCACCUUCAGAAUCUGGUGACCAUCCUCCAGAAAAGGAACACAAAGAUCAGGGUUCUGCAUGAAAAAGACUAAAAAGAUAAAAGUGACCCAUUAUUUCUUAACCUGUAAUUAGUGAAUUUAAACAAGAGCAUAGCUGAAAAGAGAGCCAUUCUUUGUGGUUCCCCCAUACUAGAAAAAUGGUUUAGAAAUAAUGAGUUACAAACAUUAUCUCUUACUAAUAUAAAUUAAAGAGAGAAUAUUAUUAUUUUUACAAGUUCUUUUAUGGUAUUUAGCAUCUAGGGUUGCCAUUUUUUGCACAGGCUCACUCAGAAUAAACCAAUUUUAGCUUUUACUUUACCUGUAUUUGUGACAAUCAUUUAGAUUCUGUUCAAAAUUAGAUCCAGUCUGUAUCUAAGUAAAUAAAAUUAUAAAGUUUCUUGAGGAGUUAUUAUUUGCUUUAGAAAAAAUUAAUUCUGUUUUGCCAAAAGUGGCAAUCCUUGUUUUAGUAUAUAGGAAUUAUAUCAUGUGAUUUUAUAUACUUUUUAAUCUUAUUGUUUUAUAUAAACUAAAAGAAAAUUUCCUCAAAUAUCUAAGAAAUUAAUUUUCUACUUAUUUAAGGAUUGCUUAGUUUAUAAGAUUCAUUUCAGAUUAAUGUAGAUAUGUAUCUACCAUAUACUUGGGUGUUUUAAUGUAAUAAAAAUAUUUCAAAUUAA